AUGGCUCUGAGCUGGGUCGACGCAACACCGUCAUCGGAAGCUGCUCAAGAAGGGAUGAACAAGGUUGAACUGCAGCUAUCUGGGGCCCAGAGGAAUACGGGUUGGGAAAUCGUUUCGACGAACCCGAUAAACGAGCAUAAAUCGUUGAUGGAAAGAAGAAAAACUGAGCUUCUUCAUAUUGAGAUCACGGCACAAAACGACGAAGAAAUUCGAGAUAUUGAGGUGAGACAAAGUGAAGAAAAAGAAGAAGGAGGAGAGGAAGAAGGAGGAGGAGGAAGAGAGGAUACUGUUCAUCACAAUUCGUCUGAAGCUCUCAAUAGAACUAUGGACACUCAUUCGGAUCGAGGAUACGAUUCAGAUCAAGAAGAGAAAUCGAUGAUUGGAGAAGAGAAAAUGAUCACCGAAACUCAUAUUCAUCAAAGAGAUAUCGAUUUUCGAGAAAUUGAUGUUGGUGGGGUGUUCUGUUUGGAUGAAGAUGUGGAUUGGAUGCUUGAACAAGAGAAUCAAUCUAUUCAACAACGAGAAGAUGAUGAUGAAGACGAUGAAGAUAGAAUGGAAGCACCGAGCACCAGGGAAAUCCCCUUCUCAAACUACGAAGAGUUGAUUCCAACUGGACGACAUCGACGCUCGGGAAAUCAGAAAGUGCAUCCAAGUGAACUGAGCACAGUUUGGUCAAGAAUUCGGUCGGAAUCAUCGCGAAACGGUUCCCCACCAAUUACUAUUCCGGGAUGUGAGGGAAGCGAUGCAAUGAAUCUCCCCCAACCGACUAUUUUCGAUUAUGGCUCAGAAAAGAUCGGCAUGAUUGAACGGCAAAAUCAAGAGCGUGCUCGUGAUCUGAUGUACCAUCUUGUACUUCGUCUUCACCCAUUUGCCUUUAACGGAAGUCGAGAGGAAUCCAAUUUCGAUUCAUUCAAUGAAUCUCCUCAUUUCUGU